GAGUAGAAAUAGAUAUUUUCCGGGAAAGUGAAAGAAAACAAGCAUAGAGACAUAAUACCAAGAGAAAAAAACAUCCAAGGUUCGCAGUGGCAGUCGUAUAGAAGCACACGCAAUGAGUACUCCAGCAACAAGUUUUAUAACGUGUCACGCUCCUCUUGUGCAUGGAAUCUUGUCUUUUAAUUAACUGAGUCAAUUCCUAAACAAGCCACACCACUCUGCUUUACCUCAUUCUCUGUUCUCAUUCCUAUACAUAUAACAUAGACACACCCUUUUCUUCCUAGUGUCGAUUAAUUCAGAUUUUAAUUUUCUCUAGUUCAAUACACUCCUAUGAGCAAAACGAUGUCCCAUAGGCUUCUGUUAUGUUGUUGUUCAUGGAUGGUGGUGUUGGUGCUGAUGCUGAGUUUGCACGGUUCAGCUGCGAGGCAGAACCGGUGGGAGCAGGACUCAGUGAUUCGAUUGCCGACUGAACCGGUAGACGUUGGUGAAGAAGAUGCAGUGGGAACACGUUGGGCGGUUCUCGUGGCCGGUUCUAGCGGCUAUGGCAAUUACAGGCACCAAGCUGAUGUGUGCCAUGCGUACCAGUUGCUAAUUAAAGGUGGAGUGAAAGAAGAAAACAUAGUGGUAUUCAUGUACGAUGAUAUAGCUCACAACGAGUUGAAUCCUAGACCUGGAGUCAUCAUCAAUCAUCCUAACGGGCCAAAUGUUUAUGCAGGGGUUUCUAAGGAUUACACUGGUGAGAAUGUGACUGUUGAGAACCUAUAUGCCGUUCUUCUUGGGGAUAAGAGUAAAGUCAAGGGUGGAAGUGGCAAGGUUAUCAACAGCAAGCCUGAGGAUACGAUAUUUAUAUACUACUCUGAUCAUGGAGGCCCGGGAGUUCUUGGGAUGCCAAACAUGCCAUACCUUUAUGCGAUGGAUUUUAUCAAUGUUUUGAAGAAGAAACAUGCAGCUGGAGGUUACAAAGAGAUGGUUAUAUACGUGGAAGCUUGUGAAAGUGGGAGCGUUUUUGAAGGUAUAAUGCCCAAGGAUCUGAAUGUUUAUGUGACAACGGCAUCAAACGCUCAAGAGAGUAGUUGGGGAACUUACUGUCCCGGGAUGGAUCCUCCUCCACCUCCUGAGUACAUUACUUGCCUCGGUGACUUGUACAGCGUUGCUUGGAUGGAAGACAGUGAGACUCACAAUCUAAAAAGGGAGACAGUAGAACAACAAUACCAAUGGGUAAAGAAAAGGACUUCAAAUUUUAACAACUACGCAAUCGGUUCUCAUGUGAUGGAAUACGGCGAUACGAACAUAACGGCCGAAAAGCUUUAUGUAUUCCAAGGUUUUGAUCCGGCCACCGUGAACUUUCCUCCACACAAUGGCAGGCUAGAAGCUAAAAUGGGAAUUAUAAACCAGAGAGAUGCAGAGCUUUACUCCAUGUGGGAAUUGUAUAAGAGGUCAUACUAUCAACCAGAAAAGAAGAGAGAGAUCCUGGAGCAGAUUGAGGAGACUGUGAAACACAGGAAUCAUUUGGAUGGUAGCAUGGAGUUGAUCGGUAAUUUCUUGUAUGGUCCUGGAAAAGGUUCUUCAGUUCUACAAUCUGUGAGAGCGCCGGGUCUUCCCCUUGUUGAUGAUUGGGCAUGCUUAAAAUCAAUGGUGCGGAUGUUUGAAGCUCACUGUGGGUCACUGACUCAGUAUGGCAUGAAGCACAUGCGGGCAUUCGCCAACAUCUGCAACAGCGGCAUUUCUCAGACCUCCGUGAAUUUGGCUUUUGUGGCGGCCUGUAGUGGAUAUGAUGUAGGGAGAUUGCAUCCAUUAAAAGCAGGUUUCAGUGCUUGAUUUUGGGUUCUAUAGAAGAAGCAGCCCAAUCAUGCUCAAGAUAUUAUUGUAUAUUCUGUUAUUUGUCUUCAGUGUGUUUAGAGUUAUUGACUGAAAAAAAGGAAAAAAGAGAAUGAGUUUAGAGUCGGUAAAAAGGAAGCUAUAAAAGAAUGGAUCUGUUGGCAUUUGCAGUGUAUAUAAUUAUCAGUAAAAUCAAAAGAAUAUCAAUUUAUUAGUCUA